AGGACUAAAGUGGGCAGUACAGAACGUGAGAAGAUCAUCAGACAUGACAGCCAUGGUCUGGAAGGCAUUGCCGUUGACUGGGUUGGCAGGAAGCUGUAUUGGUUGGACCGGCACAGCAAACAUCUGGAGGUGGCCGAACUUAACGGUACCAAUAGGAGAACGCUCAAGGCAGGCAUUCAAGACCCAAGAGCAAUAGCUGUGCACCCGGGAACCGGUUACUUGUACUUCACAAGUUGGCAUCUUCAGGCUUACAUAGGGAAAAUCGGCAUGGACGGAAGCAACUUUACGCAAAUAUUGACACACGAAAACGACAUAGCUUGGCCAAAUGCCCUUACCAUAGAUUACUUUACAGAACGUAUUUAUUGGGCUGACGCUCAUUUAGACUACAUAGCUUCAGCUGAUCUGGAAGGCAGACACAAACACAUUGUACUUUCGGGUGAACGCGUUCCACACGUAUUCGCUCUCACAUUGUUUGACGAUGAGUUGUUCUGGACGGAUUGGAACUUGAAAGCGAUAGUCAAGUCGAAUAAGUUUACAGGUCAUGAUUACAGAGUACUCAGGAACACCACACAUCGGCCAUACGAUUUGCAUGUCUAUCACAAUUUGCGGCAAAUUCCUUUUGCCAAUCCGUGUGGCGGCGACAACGGUGGUUGUUCACACCUGUGUCUAUUGCGGCCCGUUCCUGGAGUGGAUACGUCUCCCGACGGUUAUCUAGAUGCCAAGAGCCCGGUAUCAUUCACGUGCGCCUGUCCUAACCAGUUUUACCUAGAUCCACGUGAUAACAAGACUUGCAUAUCCAACUGCACUGUGGGCCAGCAUGAAUGUAAAGAAAAUGACCAAAAGUGUAUCCCGUGGUUUUGGAAGUGUGACGGUGAGAGAGAUUGCGCUGAUGGAACAGACGAAAUCCAAAGCCAGUGUCCCACGAGAUAUUGCCGUGGAGGAGCUUUCCAGUGCACCAACCGGAACUGUACGCCGUCGGCCACUAUUUGUGAUGGUGUCGACGAUUGCGGAGACGGUUCUGACGAGAAAAAUUGCGAAUUACCGUGCCCGAGCAUCGAGUUCAAAUGUCGUUCUAACGGACGGUGUAUACUGGAUUCGUGGAAGUGCGAUGGUGAACCGGACUGUAAAGACGGAAGUGACGAAGACCCAGCGAUGUGCCAUAAUAGACAGUGUGACCCGAAAUCAGAAUUUUCGUGUAAGAACGGUCGGUGUAUACCGAAGUUGUGGGUUUGCGAUUUUGACAACGAUUGCGGUGAUGACUCAGACGAACCGGCUUACAUGUGUCGACAACGGAAUUGUACGACUGGAUGGCAAAGAUGUCCAGGAAAGACCAAUUACCGGUGCAUUCCGAAAUGGUUGUUCUGCGACGGUAAGGAUGAUUGCCGUGAUGGUUCGGACGAGCUGCCAGAGAACUGUCCGAAAUGUCAAGCGGCUACGGACUAUCAGUGCAAAAACAACAGAUGCAUUCCUAAGAGAUGGUUGUGUGACUUUGAGAACGACUGUGGUGACAACUCAGAUGAGUCAGAAGACCUGUGUAAAGGACUUUAUCGUCAGUGUUCGGAGUCUGAGUUCCAGUGUUCCAACGGUAAAUGCAUACCGGGCCAGUGGAGAUGUGACCACGAUGACGAUUGCGGUGACAACUCGGAUGAACUCAACUGUGGUGGGUUCCAGUGUAAGAACGGCACCUUCCAGUGCAAGAGUGGCCAUUGCAUUGCAUCGUACUUCCGAUGUGACGGCGACAGAGAUUGUCGAGAUUUCAGUGAUGAAAUCGGCUGCCCACCCAGGUACCCUGAAGGUCGAUACUGUCCUAAGUCCAAGUUUGAGUGCAAGACUACUAAGCUGUGUGUUUUCAACUCCGAGAUCUGUGAUGGCGAAGAUGAUUGUGGUGAUGGCUCCGACGAAGCGCCUGAACUCUGCUCCAACAUGAGUUGUACACUCGACAACCGUUUCUCUUGUGACAACAAACAUUGCAUCCCGAUGUACCAGCGUUGUGACGGCGUAGACAAUUGUGGAGACGGUUCUGACGAAAACGAUUUGAGUGUUUGUGGUAUGAUGCACAAUAUCAGACAGUGUGAUCAUUAUACCGAAUUCACAUGUGCUAACCGUGAAUGUGUCAACAAGUCAAAACUAUGUAACCUUCAGUAUGACUGCGAAGAUCUGUCUGACGAAAAAGGAUGCCGUAA